CCAUUUUGCUGAUUCUCGAGUGAGGGUUCCCUUAAGCGUUGCAGGCCUUGAGGCCAGAAAUCUGAAUUUGAGUGAAGACAAGACUAUAAAUAACUUAUCAGCAAAAGACUUAGAAGACAAAAUGGUUACUGCAGAAACAGAAGAUGAUGCUUUCAACAAAAUAUCACAGAUAGGGGAUGAAAAAAUUCCAGCAAGACCAAAAAUUCUUAAACUUCGAGAUAACACAGUAAUACAGAACCUUCACGUUGAUUUUAUCAACGAUACUCCUUUGGAACGCACCCUUACAUCGAUAUUUGUUAGUGGAAUAGACAAUGUAAUAUAUGGGAAUGUUCACUUUCAAGCUGGUGUGAGGACUCGAGAGAUGAUUGCUGGAAAAUUUGAUUUCCCCGAAAAACAAAGUGAUGUAAACUCCUCUCCACAAAUGAAUGUUGCUCCAUCCCAGACAAAUACGUACCCACCUCAAAUAAUCAUUCCUCAACCUCAAGUUAAUUUUCCUCUUCCACAGUCUUACAUUCCUCCCCCGCAACUGAGUUAUCCUCCGCCACCAAUGAAUAUCUAUCCACAGUUUCGGCCACAUAUAUCUCUUUACCGACCUUAUCCUCCUCAAGCACGACCACUCCCACAGUAUUGGACCCCAUUCAACCCAUUCAUCCUAGAAGGCAGGAGGAUGAAAAGAGAAACUGUUAGAGACGAUGAAUCAAUUAUAAGAAAAAGGAAAAUCAAGGUUAUCGGCGAUUUGAAGGUUGCCCGUUUGCUGUUUAAAAACAGUUCUUUGGAAGUAAAAAACAACUUUGUGCCUACUGAUGAUUUAGGAAAGAUAUUUUGGACCAAGAAUACACCUCAGGAAAUAAAUGGUUCCGUUCACUUCACCCAAGGUAUAAGUAUUGGAGGAGAUUUGAGCAGUCCGGUUGUAAAUGGCAAGAACCUAAGUUGUUUUGCAUCUACAAGAUCAAAUUUCAGUUCAUUGAUCUUUGAAAAUAUUAUUGUUGAUGGUAAUUUGACAACAGAAGCAUACAAUCUAUCAUGGACACCCGAAAAUGAACCCCAGAGCUCAGUUUUGAAAGUUUUGAAUGUGAGGCAUUUAAAUAUCAAGAAAAUAAAUGGGGAGCCAUUUGAAAAUAUUUUACAAACUAGUAGUCUUCAUGGGAAGGGGAUAAAGAUAAUCACAGGAAAUCUGAAGGUGGAUGGGAAUGUUGAGGCGAAGUAUAUAAAUGAAAUAGACGUAAAACAGAAAUUUAACUCUGCUUUAUUUAUCGACAAUGAUUUUAAGUUAAAAAAUGUAGAGUUUGAGAAUAUUUCAGGAACCAACAUCAAAGUGAAAUGCUUAAAUAACCACUCUUCUGAAUCUUUAAGAAGAUUAACAUCAGAAGAAAAUCCAUAUGUUUUUAUUCAUGGGGAUAUCCAUGUAUCCAACCUGUCUAACGUGAAGUUUAUAAACAACCACUCUGCCAACUUUGAAAAGGUUGUAAAUAAGAAACAAGGCGCUGUGAUUUAUGGAAAGAAGAAAUUUAAUGCUCAGGUUGUAGUAUCAAAAGAACUGAAAAUAAAAAACAUCAACCAAAUAAACAUUGAUAAAAGGAUGAACGAUUUUCUCAGAGUGUCUGAAAAACAAGAGGUUACAGGUUUCUACACAUUUAGGACUGUUGAAAUGAAGUCAAAUUUCAAUGUGGACUCUAUAAAUGGAGCUGUUGUUUCAAACUUUGCGUUCACCGAUCAAAAACAGCUGAAGCUUCAGAGUAAUGUUCAGUUUAAAAGCCUUGCUGUGGAUGGCAAUCUUACCUCCUCCAGCCUACACAAAACCUGUUACCUUCCAAAGGCUGAGAGUGAUGUUUCCUUUGGGCAAAGCAGCAAGUGGUCGUCAGUUGAUAUUGCUGGGGAUAUAUCCUGGCCAGAGGAGGGUGGAGAUGAACUUCAGCAUCUGUUGGAGUCUGCUGUAACAUCUCAGAGCAAUCAAACGAUCACUGGAAACGUUACGAUAAAACUUCUCUCUGUACCAAAAAUCCGAGUUGGGUCUUUGAAUGACAAAAACAUCACUUUUGUAUUUCAAGAUGCUCUUUCAAGGGAAAAAGAAAAUCAGAUCAUUUCAGGAAAGAAAACCUUCUUGAAACCUUUCAAAUGUAAAAACAUUGAAGUCAAAGGAGAUGCCCAGUUGAAGUUAAUAAAUGACAUCAAUAUCAAUGAUAUCGACCAAAGAAUUGUACGGCAUCAUGGAGAUGGCAAGGAAGUAGUUACUGGAAACAAAACGUUUAUAAAUGGAUUUAAAGCAUUUAGCUUAGAAUGCCCAGAAGGUAUAAAUGGGGUUAAAGCAGAAAAUAUCGUCUCAAGAAAAUUUAGCAGCGAGGCUCCUCCAUUCACUGUACAGCAUCUCAAAGUGUUUGGUCCCUUGCUGGUAGAAAAGGUUAAUGAUCUAAACUUGAAGGAUUUCAUACAAGACUGCAUUUAUUUAAAUCAUACUGAUACACAAAGAAUCACCGGUCAACUUCACAUCAAAGGAAAUGUCUCACUAAAAGGAAAUGUAACUACACCAAGUAUAAACAACAUCUCAAUGAGUGAUAUAGUGUAUGUAACAAAUAAGAAGAAACCAACUAGAAUACAUGGCUGCAAAAGACUAAUGUCAGAUAUGGAAAUAGAAAGUGACCCAAAUAUUGACAUUUUGAACAACAGAAAUGUAGUUGAUACAUAUAGAGACAAUGUAAAGAUUGACCAGAAUGUUACAAUCAAUGGCUCAGUGAUAUUUGAAUCAGCUGUUGAAAUGGACACAAUCUUUGCAAAAGAAUAUUAUGUUGAUGAGGAGAAGCUCAUUUAUCUAAAUAAAACUUUCUCUCCUUGACUUUCUCUAGAUGAUCAGUGUUUUUGAGAGUUUGCUGAAAGAGUAUGAGUGUGUGUACAUAAUUAUUUGUGAAUAACUGUAAUAUAUUAUGAUAAAAACAUUUUUAAUAUUGUAAAAUAUUUUUUGAUCUAAAUUUUGUGGAAUUUUUAUUAAAUUAGCUUGAUGUUAAUAAUUCAUUGUUUUGGUAAAAAAACAUCACUUUUGGAUGUAACUGCUUUAAUUUUUAAAACAACAGUACUCAAAAUGGAUUGAUAGCCAAUAAGUAUUAGCUUUUCACUUUAUGAAAUAAA